UCAGCUGGUCGAGUGUUGACUUCCUUGAGCUAUGUCGUCGUUAACUUCCUCAGAUGAUCUUACGCCUCCCCUAUUUCAAGUGGCAUCUAAUGUGGAGGGAUAUGGUGCCCGAGACAACACGAAGGUGGAGCGGUGUCCAUUAUGUAAUCAGAAAACAGAGGCAUUCUACUGUAAAGAAUGUGUGAGGAAUGGGAACUUCUAUCACUCGCGAAUGAAGCUGCCAGAAAGGUACGCCGACAAGAAACUGAGGUAUUAUCGGCUGAGAAAGGAACUGCUCGAGCAAGAUGAGGAGGUGACGCGGCUGCACCAGACGAAGACGAGGCACCUGCUGCUGAAGGAGCGAAUCAAGGAAGUACAAGAGAGGGUGUCACUACUGAAGCUGGUCAUUGACAGUACCAAAGAAGAUAUCUCCCAAGUGAAAACCCAGAGUGCUGAGCUGUCCAACACCAAUGCUAUGCGGAGGCAGCAGCUCCCUCUCUUCCAGCAAAGACUGUCGAAGAUGAGGAAGAUUCUUCACCAGUACCAAGAAAAGAUUCGUGACAAGAGAGAACAACUAGCUAUUAGCGAGGCUCAGCUAAAGGGUGUUGUUCGUGGCAAUAUAAGACAGCUAACGCGAUACAUAUUCCCGAUUACAGAAGUCAAGCCAGCUAGAAGCGUUGAUACUGAUCCAGAGCACCUUGACACGGUAUCAGCAAUUGCAGAGGCAUCACAAACUACAUAUGUAAGAGGUCGCUGGGUAUAUACCGAUACUUCCCAUGAGACACAGUAUCGCAUUGUUCACCCGAUGUUACCAGGAUCUGGAGACUACUCUGCCUAUAAUCUUUUGUCUGUGGGUGCAAGUGGGGGUGAGUGUGAGGAGAGUGAUGGAGAAGAGAGAUCUGGAGGCUACAGUAUUUGUGCUGGCCUCACUUAUCUUACACAGCUUGUCAACACUCUUGCAUUUUAUCUGGAUGUUACCUUACCAAAGAAGCUCUGCUACAGCGAAUUCUGCAGAAACGAGCUGGGUGAACAGCAGUUUGCAAGACGUGUUGCAAGACUUAACACAAACAUAAUAUAUCUGUGUUUGUCUCAGAAUGUGCCGGCUAAAUUGUUGCGACCUACACACAGUAUGCCUAACUUGUUAGCCCUUCUUGACACACAGAUAGCUGAUCUUGGCAGACAAGGAAGCUUUGAGAUUGCAGAGUCCUUGUUGGAGAGCAUGGAGGAUGGCAUGGAAGAUGACAAUGCUGAGGGUUCUGAUUCUGAGGAAGAGGAAGAUACAGACACACUCUCUGCUGAGUGGGAAACUGUACCCAACCUGCCUUUAUUGGAACCGCCCUUAGUGCCAACUCACCAGACUUUCUCGACAUUUAAUUCCACGGCCGUGUACUCCCAGGCAACAAUGGGUCAUGCAGGGCCUGGUAUGGGUAUGGGUACUGGAGCAGGUGGCAUUGUUUCCUCAGCAGCUGCUUCAGUUAUCUCUCUGUUCCGAGGUUUUGGUGGUGCUCAGAACAAGUGAGAGAAGCAUUAGGCUGAAGUAGCAGUUUUAUAAGACUUGUGGUGGAUAUUCACAAUGAGGUCAUAUGGAUAAGGUAAAUGAGUUGGGCCAAGAAGUUGCUGGUGUCAUGGCAUGGACAGGUUGGCAUUACCAAAUCUCUACCUCAUUCAGAUAUGUGAAAGUGUUAUAAAAAACAGUCACUUUUACAAGUGAUUUACAAUAAAUGAAGAAAGACAGGCUUUGUGAACAAAGAGAUGCAAGCAAUAAAUUAAUUCUGUUAAUCACAAUUUCUGAAGCCUGGAAAUAUUUCAUUAAUUUUAUAUACAAGAGAAAUACAUGAAAAUGAAAAUUAUCCACACAAACUACAAACCGGUUACUUAUUUUGUGCUUUAGAAAAUUGAGGAUUUUAAAUACCUUUAUCCAUCUUGGACUUUUUUCAGGAAAAAAAUAAUACAGAAAUUAUAAUUCUUUUAUAAUCUUCAACUAUUCUUUGUUGUUUUAUAUCUUUUCUUCAUGUUGAGUUGUACAGGUAUAAGGCAGGUGAAAGGUAUUCUCAUUACUCAUAAAUUUUUUCUUGCAGCUUUGUGUUUCAUUAUUGUAGUACUUUUGAGAACUCACUUGCAUUAUUUCCACCAUUAUCUCAAAAUACAGGAAAGAAACUUAUUUUAACUAUCCCUAUAGAUUUUCAUAUAAUUUUAAAAGAGUUAGAUCCUCUUUUUUCAGUGAAUUAGACAUGUACGACAAACCUAUUUACAUAAAUCAUCAUAAAACUUUUUAUUUUUCCCA